AUGGCGACGGCAACGAUCCAGCCAACGCCCUUCCCAGCCGCAUCAAAAUCAGCAUCCGGCGUCGUGAACAACACCCUCACGACCGUCACCAGCACCUCCUUCUCCGACAAGAUCCUCCUCACCGUCACCUCACCGGCAUCCAGCAACAAGCUAGCCCAUUGGGUUCACGUCCCACUGGCGCCAUCGGCAAACACCAUGGAUCCCAGCUUCCUCUCUACUUCCGCUUCGGGAAACCCGGACACUUCGCUCCUACCGCGCACGAACUUGACCGCUACGACUGUUCUUGGCGGUACAAAGCGCGAGGAGGAAGUCAUUGGGCAGACGCUGGCGACUACGAUUGCCACUGCUAUUCUCAUGAAACGGCCGACGGAGGAGAGAAUGCUGGUGCUUGCAUCAGGGUUGCAGGGUGUGUUGGAGAAGGAAGGAUUCGAGCAGGUGGUGGGGUUGAUGUUGCGGGUGUUGUAG